CGUUUCACCAGCUGAAAUAUUACUUAAGCAACUUUCAGUGCCAGCUGCAUAAACGAAAGCCAUCAGAUAACCAGAUAAACCUACCAAGAGGCAAAAGUAAACACAUGGCUCUCAGAACUGCUGCCACACGUCUGCUCUCCAACACCCAAAAAUGUGCUGCCAUCACUGCAUCCAGAGCACAGGGGACGGCUGCACCUGCUCAGAAAGAUGCUGAAGAAGUCAAAAAGCCAGCAAAGCCAUCCAAGGUGGCAUUCAACUGGCGAGAUGCCCUGGACCUGGAGGGCCAGCUGACAGAAGAGGAGGUCAUGAUCCGAGACUCCUUCCGCAACUACUGCCAGGAGAAGCUCAUGCCUCGCAUUCUCAUGGCCAACAGACACGAACAUUUCCACCGUGAGAUUGUUUCAGAGAUGGGAGAGUUGGGAGUCUUGGGCCCAACCAUCAAAGGGUAUGGCUGUGCAGGCACUAGUUAUGUGGCAUAUGGCUUGAUCGCCAGGGAGGUUGAGAGAGUGGACAGUGGCUAUCGGUCAGUCAUGAGUGUUCAGUCGUCCCUGGUCAUGCACCCUAUCAAUGCUUAUGGCACAGAGGCCCAGAAGGAGAAGUACUUGCCAAGGCUUGCCCGUGGAGAGAUCCUGGGAUGCUUUGGUUUGACAGAGCCCAACCAUGGCAGUGAUCCCAGCAGCAUGGAGACCCGGGCCAAGUACAAUCCCUCCAGUGGCACCUUCACCCUCAACGGAGCCAAGACCUGGAUUACAAAUUCCCCAGUGGCAGACAUUGCAGUGGUCUGGGCCAGGUGUGAAGAUGGCAGGGUGCGGGGUUUCAUACUGGAGCGUGGAAUGAAGGGUUUCGCCACCCCAAAGAUCGAGGGCAAGUUCUCCCUCAGGGCAUCUGCAACUGGCAUGAUCCUGAUGGAUGAGGUGGAAGUUCCCCAAGAGAACCUGCUGCCUAACGUCUCUGGCCUGGCUGGUCCCUUUGGUUGUCUGAACAACGCUCGGUAUGGCAUUGCCUGGGGAGCCCUGGGAGCUGCUGAGUUCUGCUUCCAUGCUGCCCGACAGUACACUUUGGACAGGAUCCAGUUUGGCGUGCCACUGGCCAGGAACCAGCUGAUGCAGAAGAAGAUGGCUGACAUGCUGACAGAGAUCACUGUCGGCCUGCAGUCAUGUCUGGCCCUGGGCCGACUCAUUGAUGAGAAAAAAGCGGCUCCAGAGAUGAUCUCCAUGCUGAAGAGGAACAGCUGUGGCAAGGCUCUGGAUAUCGCCCGACAGGCCAGAGACAUGCUGGGAGGAAACGGCAUCGCAGACGAGUACCACAUCAUCCGACAUGUCAUGAACCUGGAGGCCGUCAACACAUAUGAGGGAACUCAUGACAUUCAUGCCUUGAUCCUUGGCAGAGCCAUCACUGGACUGCAGUCUUUCACUGUGGGAAAGUAAAGAUGUUUCAACUUCCUGCUAAUGAAAUGAACUUGAGAUGGAAUAUGUAGCGGUGUGCAGCCUGUCCAUCUGCUCUGUGGGACACAUCACCUGGUUGGGCAAAACAUUAUGUAGAGACUCCAGGGGCAUUUCAUUUAUUCUUCUUUACCUGAGAUGCUUUGAGUGAUAUCAUUUAAAAAUACCUCAACACAUUUAAUAAGCUUUAAAAUGUAUUUACUGACGUGAACGGUCUAUCUCUUAGUGCUUCUGGUUGUUUUUCUCUAUCAACUAUUUAAGUAAGUUCAACCUACCAAAGCACCGGGUCCAAGUGUGAUAUAGGUGUGUGUAGUCAGUAGCCAAAAGAACAAUAUCUCAAGCCACAGAUAAGGAAGGGUGCAUUUAAAAGGUGUGGUAUUUUGAAUGAUGAAGUUAGUCUGAAAAUAUUAUGUAUAAUUAAAUGGCUUUGAAUGAAGGUAUGAGUGGAUGUGAUUACUGCAAAUGUGGAUCCCUUAAAAGACAGUGCACAUCUAAUUUUGAUUUACAGGCUGACUAGUGUCUUUAAGUACAUUACCUCUGAUCAUUUUUACAUGUGUGGCUUAUUUAAAUAGAUAUGGUAAGAAUAUCUUAUUUUUCAGUUUUUCAAUUUGGAAACAUUGCAGUGCCUUACCUGAAUUUAUGGCUGUCUCUAUUAACAAUUAUGUCAUAAAUUAAAAAUCAUAGAUAAGACAAUAAUGUUUUGUCGGUGACAGGGUAAAUAAACUAGCACUGUCCUUUAAAAAUUAUCUGGGUGAUAAAUA